AUUAAGGUUCCCUUAUCUGAUGCGUUCCGUGCACGUCUGUGUCCAUUUGUUGGUUUAAUGCCAAAACAGCGGAGAGAAGCAGGCAUGCAGGGUGUGUGUGUGGAUUUGGACUUUGGCCCUGGAAAGCGUGCAUGUAUUUAUUGGCAGCUGGUGGAAGAGAACGGUGGAUUGUGAUCUGGUAAGCAUUGAUUUCAUUCUACUUUGCUCCGUGCUUGGGUGAUGAUUUUAACAUCAUUUGCCGUUGUGUUGUCUGCUUCGAAUAAAGGCCUCCAAAUGUAUUCUUGGCCAUUUUGAGGGGUGAAGUAUUUCUCUGUGGUUUUCCUUAUCAUAUUAAACUGGCUUUGUGGUGCUUUUGUUGUACCUGGUUUUUACAGCGCCCCUUUGGCCUUGACUUGUGAGCAAAUGCCACUGUUGAGCUGGUAGACUUGUCUUCAUUUUUUCUUGCCGCACAUUCGGUCUGGGGAAGAUCUUUCAGUCUUGCAUUUGAAGUUGACAAAAAGUCUUUUGUUUUAUCAACCCUGAAAUCAAUAUUUCUUUUCAUCCUUGCUCUAAAUCAUCUGGCAUGUGGUCACAGAUUAAUCUUUCUACUUGAGAUAUAUUGUCUCCAUUGGGAGUGCAGAGGUUACGCUUCAUCAUUCCUUGCAGGCAGUGGAAAAGUAUUAUACACAGACCUUUGUGCUUACAUCUGUUUCCUUAUUCAGUGCGGAGUUCAGUCCAAGCCGGUUGUGUUUAGCGCACAGUGUGAAAAUAAUGAUGAGUAACCCAAUCGAUGUGAUUGUCUUGGAUCGUUCGGGUAGGAAAUGUUCUUCUGUUAUACACUUACCCAGUUUUAUUUAAGGGUACAGGUGAAACUACAUUUAAAAGCAUUGUGUUCUUGUCAUCGUUUGGUUUUUCUGACGUACUCCCGCUGUAUUGUUUCUGCACGGUCAGUCUGGACAGCCAGUCAAGAACAACAUGGGAGGGUGGGUGUGUGUGUGUGUUGGGGGGCUGAUCAGCCUGUAUCAGUUUCGUCAGCUGUGACCCUCCACAACCGAACCUCUCUUCUUUAGCACGAAGGCCGCAUCCAGCCAGAACGCCGCACAGCUUGUUUUAUUUGUUUAUUGGAACUCAUAAGGAUCCCUUACAUUCAUGUUCACUGUUGCACUUUAACUAGGCUUCUAAUAUGACUGGAGUCUUCAAAUCAUCAGACUGAUGAUUGAUUCAAAGCUUGCCGUGGUCCAGCGCCAUGGUAGAUAUGCCGAGUCUGUACAGUCCUUUAUCCCCGUUGGGCGAUACGAUGCUGGACAGCCCGUUAUGCGGAGAGCUCAUUGGUGACAUACAGGAUCUAGAGGAGAUCUCUCGGUCUCUCAGUGAAGAUACGCUCAGCUCACUUCACAUGCUGGAUUUCCAGAGCUCUGACACUGCUUUAGACAGCUCUACGUGUCUAGAUGUCUUAACUCCAGCUUCCAGUCCAGCCUCAGUCGUGUUAUCAACCAACCCUGCCCAGGAUGAGAACUCCGGCUCUCUCACCCUCGAGUGUCGGGUCUGCGCGGACCGCGCUUCUGGUUUCCACUACGGAGUGCAUGCUUGCGAAGGGUGCAAGGGGUUCUUCAGGAGAACCAUUCGACUCAAACUGGAUUACGACAAGUGUGCACGGAGGUGCAGGAUUCAGAAAAAGAACCGCAACAAGUGCCAGUAUUGCCGUUUCCAUAAGUGCCUUGCGGUGGGCAUGUCCCACAAUGCCAUCCGUUUCGGGCGGAUGCCUCAUUCUGAGAAGCAGAGGCUGAGAGCCGAGCAGGUGAUCGACAGGAAGGAGGAACACGAGACUCGGCAGCCUGAUGCCAAGAGUCUGGUCAGGCUGAUUCAUGAAGCCUACCUCAAACACUUCCACAUGAACAAAGCCAAAGCCCGUGUCUAUCUCACGGGAAAGACCAGCACUCCGCCCUUUGUCAUCCAUGACCUAGACACCCUCCGGCACGGCGAGCAGACUCUGGUCACCCAACUGCUGGGUAACAUGACGGUCGGCGACACCUCAGAUCUGCAGGAGAGAGAAGUGGAAGCUCGGCUGUUUCUCUUCUGUCAGUACACCUCGGUAGAGACGGUCACGGAGCUGACCGAGUUUGCCAAAGCCGUGCCUGGAUUUGCCGCCCUGGACCUCAAUGACCAGGUCACGCUGCUUAAGUACGGCGUGUACGAGGCACUUUUUACACUGUUGGCAUCUUGCAUGAACAAGGAUGGGCUGCUGGUAGCUCGGGGCGGUGGCUUUGUCACUCGGGAGUUUCUCAAGAGCCUGCGCAGACCCUUCAGUGACAUGAUGGAGCCUAAAUUUCAGUUCGCCAUGAAGUUUAACGCAUUAGAGCUUGACGACAGCGACCUGGCACUGUUUGUGGCGGCUAUUAUCUGCUGUGGAGACCGUCCCGGGCUGAGCAACGUGUCACAGAUCGAGAACAUACAGGAGAGCAUAGUUCACGCUCUACAGCGCCACCUGUCGGCCAACCACCCUGAUAAUGCCUUAAUCUUUCCCAAGCUGCUACAGAAACUGGCCGACUUGCGUCAGCUUGUGACGGAGCACGCGGAGCUGGUCCAGGAAAUGAAGAAUACGGAGGACGCAUCGCUUCAUCCGCUGCUGCAGGAGAUCUAUAGAGAUAUGUACUGAGCACAGGAUCUGCUGUGGUGAUGACUCCUUCUCCAGUUCUCAGGAACGCUCCUCUAUCGUCGGGAUAUGAGAUAAAGGAAAUCUUUGAGUAGGUGGAUUACAGACCUGCUUUCAGACAAUGAGGGUCUGGUGAGGAAGUCCUUGGGGUGCACAGCUGCUUUGCAUCAUGCACAGUGGAAACUUUCAUGGGUUUCUGCUCAUUAAUAAUGCACUGACCUUUAUAAGGACACUGCCCACAAUUUACUACUAGACGGCAUCCCAUGAUGCACGGGAAGCCCCCCUUAAGGUAUAGUUCAUGAAGAUUAACACCAUAAAGUCAUGCACAUCACUGCCUCUAUCAAAUAAACCAGGUUUUAGAAACUGCUAGAAAAAACAAAGAUAUUUUAUAACAGUGCUUCUAUUCUGAAAACUGUGCAGUUUGUAAUGCAAUGUACAGUAUGUAAUAUUUUAAUGUUAGAAUUUAAUUUGAAUUGUUUGUUACCUCAUUUAAAAUGCUCAUUAUUUGUAAAAAUCUUUUGUAUGAAACAUGUUAUUGUAGCACUCCAAAUGUAAUAUUAUAGUACAAUAAUGGACUUUAAAAUGUAAGUGUUUGCCUUUUGCAUUUGGGAUGAGUGUUUGCAUCAUCACUGUUUGUUUUGAUCAGGACAGUUUGGAUAUGACCACAUGCUAAACAUCAGAUCUGUUUUUAGAAACUGCUUGAUUGGUAAACUACUGUUUAAUAGGAAUGUCUUUGUAGGUGAAUCAAGGAAAAUACUACCUUACAUAUUUUAUCUUUAGAGCAAACUUUUUGACACAUGCACUUUUGAUCACCAUCGU